AUGUCCAACCGUCUAGGAAUCGCGUCUAUGUCCCUAGGGCGUCCCUGGAUCCACGACCUCCCCAGCAAGCUCCACCAAGCCGCUGUGCACGGCUACCAAGGCAUCGAGCUCUUCUUCGACGACCUGGACUGCCUCGCGCAAACCCGCCACAACGGCUCGCACAUCGAAGCAGCGCACCAGACAAAACGACUAUGCGAUAACCUCAACCUGGAAAUUAUCUGUCUCCAGCCAUUCAGUUUCUACGAGGGUCUGCUAGACCGCGAACAACAUGAACAGCUCGUCACCACAAAACUACCACAAUGGUUCCAACUCGCCCGCAUCCUGGGAACGGAUCUCAUCCAAGUCCCAUCCAACUUCCUCCCCCCAGACUCAACCACCGGCGCACCCAGAACAACAGGCGACAAGGACAUAAUCGUCACAGACCUGCAACGCAUCGCAGACCUAGGCCUCCAACAAAACCCACCCUUCCGCUACGUUUACGAGUCCCUAGCCUGGGCCAACCACAUCGACACCUGGGAGAAAUGCUGGGACGUCGUGAAGCGCGUCGACAGACCCAAUUUCGGAAUCUGUUUGGAUUCGUUUAACAUCGCGGGAAGGAUCUAUGCGGAUCCGGCUUCGCCGACAGGAAAAACACCGAAUGCUGAUGCGGACAUACAGGCUUCUGUGCUGCGUUUGCGGAGUAACAGUAAUAAGAUUGAUCUUGAGAAGGUGUUUUAUGUGCAGCUUGUUGAUGGGGAGAAGUUGAGUGCGCCGCUUGAUGAGAAGCAUGAGUUUUUUGUUGCUGGGCAGCCGGCGCGGAUGAAUUGGUCUCGCAAUGCUAGACUCUUCCCGUUUGAAGAGGAUAGAGGGGGCUAUCUGCCUGUUGCCGAUAUUGCAAGAGCCAUCUUCAAUGAUUUGGGCUUUAAGGGAUGGGUAUCGCUGGAGCUUUUCUCGAGGACGUUGGCGGAUCCCAGUCCGGAAACUGUUAGAGAACAUGCUAGACGGGGACGAGUAUCGUGGAAUAAGUUGGUGGAUGUGGUAGGGUUGAAAGAGCCAUGUCCUGCACCUGCCUCUACUGCUUCGUAUACGCCUGUUUCUGAUUCUUAUUCGUCGACGGGAUUGCAGCAUCGGUUAUAA